GGGGCAGAUGCACUGCCUGGCGCGUUUUAAGGUGCAAUCCUACGCGUGGUAAGAUAGGCAGAAGAAAAUGCAUACGGUUUCCAGCGUUCUUCAUCCAUCAUAGCCUAGCUGAGGGCUGCAGGACUCGGAACGCGUCGACACAUAGGCGAGCUUGGCAGGUUUGAUCCCACCUUAUCCUGCCCUUAUAUUCGCAAUGUACACGCCGGUCCCUUCACAUUUCUGUCUUUCCUAAGGUGGUUAGGCAGCUGCUACCAAUUCUGCAGGCACGUCGGUUUCUUUGUGCCUCCCAGAAUGACUCUUUGAGACUCUCAUGUAAUGUCUCAAUGGGAGGCUAUGCAUUUUUGGGGGGCUUGUGGCCAAGACGAGAAACAGUCUCUGGCCACGGGCUUACAAUUUUAAAAGAAUUAAUAUGACAGACUGUACGAACUAUUUAGAUAGAGGAACAUUUUUCCUCAAAUGCCAUCCUUUUAUUUUAUUUUGGAAUUGAUACUGAAAUAGGAAGAAGUGCGUGUGCAUGUGCAAAAUAGUUGAAUGUUUCUUUCUAAUCACAAACACAUAAGCAAAUAAGGAAUAAAAAGAGAGGAAUAGGGAGGUCAGGCUGAGUGUGAUGGGAAAGAUGAAACACCUGCAGUUUGUUACACUGUUAAAAUGGAAUGCAAGACUUGCAUAAAUUUGACGCCUAGUUUUGGCGUAAAUACAUAACCGAGGUAACAAAAUUACAGUCAAAGGCUAAGAGCACAGAGUGCCAAAUACAUUUGCUGUGUAUGCGUUCAGUGAGGUAAAUGCAAUCUGCAACUAUGGUGUGGUGCAGAGAGAAAGUGCAUUGCAUAUUGCAUUCUGAAUUAAAAAUGAUUUUCCAAAUCAAGGAAAGUAAUUCCUUGAAACUGGAAAACAAGUGCUUUGGUACACAGUGAAUCUUGCAGUGUGACCUCUUCUCUCCUCACUGAUACAGUUCCUUGGAUGCUCCUCAAACCUGCUCCAAAGGACCCCCAAAGCCUCUGGAGCAGGUUUGGAGGCUGAAGGGGGAGAAGGAAUCCGUCUUCUGCAGGAGAAACAUAAAUACAGAAGCCAUACUUUUCUUGUAAACACAUUUGUGGUAAAAUGCUCGUUAUAAAGUUUGCAGAUAUUUUUCCUCAUUUUCUUACUUUCAUGAAUAGGACAGUGAACUGGUGUUGAUCAUCCCAGAGAUUGUUAUGCCUGUGUAUUUUGGAUGGGAUGCUAGGUCCUUGCCUUGCUUGCUUCGUGGCAGGUAAUCGUUGUGCAUUGCAGGCCCGUGUGUGCUGGAUUCUUGUGCCUUGGGACCCCUUCAUGUUCAGAUUGCACAAGAAGAAUUCCUUUUGAACCGAUGCCAUUGUUCUCAGGUCAAGUGUUAAUAAUAUAAGGAAUACAGAUUAUUAGAUUAGGUAAGCAUAGAUCCUUUUAGUGUUCCAUUUUAAAUGAUUACAUAUAGCUUGUAUGUAUUGAUGCUGCUUAAUGUAUUUAUUAUAACAGCUUAUAAUUUUAUGCCUGAGAAAUGGAAGAAAGUCCUAAUGUUUUUAUAUGCUUCACUUUAUAGCAUACCAGGUGAUUACAGAUAAAGAAUCUAACUAACUUGGAGAAUGGGGGUUUGCUUUCCAGAAAGGGGCGUGUGUGUGUUGACUGUAGGACAGAACUUUUAAAAGGCAAUGCAGGUUUGAACAUCUUUCCAUUCCUUUAUCAGCAAAAGAUGAUCUCGGUUCUGUGGAUCGUUUGUUGGAUCUUUCUGGCUGAUUCUUCAGCUAGGUCUUGUGUCAACAUUGCCACUUUUGUGCCUGUGGGAGAGCCUGGGGCUAUUUGCUGUCCACAAAAGUCUUCAUCCUCUGUACAAGCGAGUGAUAAUGUAACAUGGUACAGAAAUGGUAGUGCUAUACCAAUAACUAGGGAUACCUACUCCAGGAUCCAUCAGCGGGGAGACUUGCUUUGGUUUAAUCCUGCACACAUGGAAGAUUCAGGACUCUAUCAAUGUGUUGGGCAGAACUCAACAAAGGGUGAGAAGCAACUAAUGGUUUUCAACAACAGUGAGGGUUUUUGUUUUAAUCAAGAGAUAACGUAUUUACAAAGACUGUUCUUGCAUAAUUCUGGAAAGUUGACUUGUCCUGACCUCGAUUAUUUUAAAAAUGAAAGUACUCAACUUGUUUUACAGUGGUUCAAGGCAUGCUAUCCUGGAUUAUUUGAAGAUAAGAGAUUUAGGGCUUCUGGAGAAAGUCUCAUAAUUAAUGAACCAAGUAGAAACGAUGAAGGAAUAUAUAUAUGCCAGGCAACAUAUACACACAUGGGAAUAUUGUAUAAUGUUUCACGAGCUAUUAAUCUAACUGUUAUUGUUCUUCCACAGAAAAUACCAGUAGAGAUCAUGUAUCCAAAAAAUAAUUCAAUUCAAGUAGCACUUGGAUCCAGUAUUGUGAUGGAAUGUAAUGCCUCUGCAGGUAUUGAAAACAGUGUCUUUAUGGAUUGGGAAUUUCCUGACAAAUAUGUUCCCCAAGAUAAACCAAAAAAAUAUAUAGCAAUAUCACCUUCAGGAGAUCAGAUACUGGGAAACAAGUUUAAUAUUUCCAAAGUGAAAGAGGAAAACUAUGGACAAUAUUUGUGUAUUGUCUGGUCCUUUGAUUCAGAGCCCGUUGCAGCAUACCUCAUGUUAGAACGCCCAGUUCUAAACUUGCAGCCUUACUUGAUUGGAGGACUUGUUCCACUAGCGUUUAUCCUACUGACAGCUCUGGUCAGGUUUUUCAGAGUUGAAAUAGUACUUUGGUAUCGGGAAUCAUUCCAGCCUCUUAUCAGCAAAGGAGUUUCAGAUGGGAAGCUGUACGAUGCAUAUGUGUUGUAUUCCCAGAAUAUAGCCAAUUGUGCAUAUUCAAUGAAUAUCUUUGUCCUGAAAGUACUGCCUGAAGUCCUAGAAAAACAGUGUGGCUAUAAGCUCUUUAUCUUUGGAAGGGAUGAUUUACCAGGACAAGCUGUGGUCACUGUCGUUGAUGAAGCCAUCAGGCAAAGUAGAAGAGUGAUUCUUGUGUUGGUACCAGAUCCACCCUACUGCAGCAUGCAGAAACCAACCUUUGAAACUGAAAUUGCAGUGUACAGUGCUCUUAUUCGGGAUGGGAUUAAAGUUAUACUGAUCGAACUGGAUAAAAUAAAAGACUAUAGUGAUAUGCCAGAGUCCAUAAAAUACCUUCAGCAAAAACAUGGGAUACUCACAUGGAAAGGAGACCUUUCAGAAAAAUCUCAAAUGGCAACGACAACAUUUUGGAAGAAUGUGAGGUACCAGAUGCCUGCAAGCAAAUGUCCACCUUCCUCAUGCUUUCCUCUGUUGCCAUUAACUUUUAACUCUUCUCCGAUAUCGGAAGGAUGAUUGCAGAACCACAGGAGAACUGUUUGUUUGUACUCAUUCCAGUUGCCAAGCUGGUUUCUGUACCAGCCAGGAAGCAAUCAGUGUUGGCACCUCCAGCGGAAUAAUUUGGACACUUGGGAAGUUCCUUGUCCAAAACAAAUGUGCUCAGCAUGGAGCCGAAGUUUUGUUUUUGGAUCUGUAAGCUCCUUGGAGAAGUGGCAGAACCCUGUGAAUGCUUGAGCAGGGAGACAGUGUGAAAAGACCUUUAAAAUGCUCCUAUUUUGCAGGCAAAAGAAGUGCAUAUGAAAGAAAUUGUGUUUCUCAGUGGUGUGAAAGAAGCGGUCACUAGCCAUAACCUUUCAGAGCCUUCGCAUUUAAGUGCCAAGUAGGGUCCGUCCAUGUUGCCCCAACACGUUUGUGUGGGUAACAGGCAUACUGUGCCUCAGGUUAUUUCCCCCUGCCCUUUAGUCACAGGACCUCAAAACAGCAGGUGUGAGAGUUUGCCUUUCAUUCAAAGGGAUGCCUCAGCUCGAAUGCUUUCAUUCUGCCCCAAAUUCCUUCAGUGCUCCUGCUUAUAUACACUUUUCCAAACUAGCCCCCUUCCCAAGCCUGUGUAGCCAAUAUGAGCUAUAAACAAAUGAGGGUAAAAAAAUCUCUACAGUUCUUUUAACAGGAGGGCUCCAGUUAUUAGGCAGUGGAACAAUGUAAUAAAUUAAUAAGCAAACCAGUAACCAUCUUCCCCACACUGCAUCCUGGGAAUGUAAGUGAGAAGUCAUUUCUGCAAAGCAGCUGGAGCUUUGCUCAGCUUUCCUCUUGUGCUUCCCUGCCCACUGAAAAUGGGGUUAGAUGGAAAUAGAUAUGAUUCCAUAUACUAGGUAUAUUACUGAAGUAUCUCCAAAGGAGAAAACCAAAUAAGCAUCGAAAGACUAUUUUUCUAGGUACCGAAUGUUAAGCAAGGAAUGUUGACUUUCUGGUUUGAUUCAUUUUUUAUUACGUGAUAAUACUGACAAAUAUUGCAUGACUGACUUGGAAAUGAAGUAAUCAUUUUUAAUACUUCAAAAAUGCACCUUUGUAUAAUAUUCCAAAUCUGUUAAACAUCUGCUGACACAUGAGCACUUUAGCUGUAUCUAGUUCUUUCACAUGUUUUAUAUGUUAGGAUUAUUUGAUUCCUUAAAAUUUUCCAAAUAUGUGGGGCUUGAAAACCUAGAGAAUAAUGCAUUACUUUGCUUAUUUUGAUAACUAUAUGAUUAUUCCCAUAGGUGAUAUAAUUGUACAGUUAUGUAGCAGUCCCUGUAACUUUUUAAAGGAAUGUAUUUCUAUGAGAUCUGUGAAUCUGCCUUCAUUCUGGAAUGUAGACAUGGUUCAAAUACAUUUAUUUGAACCAUUGUUUAUGGGAAUUGUAUCCUGAAGAGUUGCCAAAUAUAAGAAUUGAAAUGAUAUGUUAGAGCCAUUCUCUCAAUGGUUCUUUUAAAACCAGAAAUGAGAUCAUAGAUUGAAAUUCAGGUUUAGUCAAAUUUAGAGUAGACCCAUUGAAAGAAAUGUGAUAUAAACUAGUUAUGACUGAUCAUAAGAACUUUAGGAUUAUUGUUUUCAGUGGAUCUACUCAGAUAACAUAGAUGUAUGUAUGGUAUAGCUAAAUCUAGAUCCAACACUUUACAAAAAUAACCAAGUGGUUACUAAACUGUAUUUCCUCACUGGAUAACUGGAAUGUAGUCAGUGUAAUAGAAAUUUUAAAAUAGAUCCAGAAUAAGAAAUUCAUAUCUUUCUGCUCCGAGACUACCAAUGUGUCAUCUUUUAUUUUGGAGACAUACUGUGCAAUUUCUAUAAGCCAAAUAAUUUGUAAGUGAUAUGACACGACAUUGAAAAUAGACUGAUUUUUAGAAAAUUACUUAGUAUGUUUGUUUUGUAUUUUAUUAUUUUCUAUUAAAUAAAAUGUGUUUAUUUA